UUAGUGAUAAUCUCUCCAAGAACUAUUUGAAGUGUAUUUUACGUGUGAGAAUAUGGGAGGAGAACAGUCCAAACAUUCAAGAAUCGGGGACAACUACAAGUCUCUGGACCAGGUGACAAAAGCUGUUUUGGACGCUGGGUUGGAGUCGUCGAAUUUCAUAGUGGGGAUUGACUUCACAAAAAGCAACGAGAAUGCAGGGAAAAAAUCAUUCAAUGGGAAAUGCCUGCACCACAUUAGCGAUGUCGUGAACCCGUACGAGCACGCGAUUUCGAUAAUCGGAAGGACGCUUUCGGCUUUUGACGAGGAUAAUCUUAUACCUUGCUUUGGCUUUGGCGAUGUUACUACACAUGAUGAAGCUGUAUUCAGCUUUUAUCCAGACCACAGGCCCUGUAACGGAUUUGAUGAGGUGCUUUCUCGUUAUAGAGAGAUCGUUCCAAAUGUUCAGCUAGCAGGGCCUUCAUCGUUUGCACCAAUAAUUGAAACUGCUAUGGAGAUAACUGAUCAAAGUGGUGGCAAAUAUCAUAUUCUUCUGGUUCUAGUUGAUGGCCAGGUGACACGAAGCGCGGACACCAAACCAGGGGAGCUAAGUACUCAAGAGCGAAGCACUUUUAAUGCAAUUGUGAAAGCAAGCAAAUACCCGUUGUCCAUAAUCUUUGUCGGAGUUGGAGACGGGCCGUGGCAGAUGUUGAAGAGGAUGGAUGAUAAUAUUCCAGGCAGGGCUUUUGACAAUAUUCAGUUUGUCAACUUCACAGAAAUCAUGUCAAGAAAUAAGCCUAUGGCAGAGAAGGAAGCGGAGUUUGCUCUGGCUGCAGUAAUGGAAGUCCCUAUGCAAUACAAGGCAACGAUCGAACUCAAGCUCUUAAGCAAACAGGUAGGAGGAGACAGCGCGAAGGUUCCGCUACCACCUCCGCCACCAAAUCUUUACCCACAUUUGGGAGGCGGCUUUUUCCCAACUUUUCCGACAUGUCCGGUUUGUUUACGGAGCAAAAGGAAUCUUGCACUUGGAUGUGGGCAUCAAACUUGCCAUGAAUGUGGAAGUGAUCUAAACUGGUGCCCUGUUUGCCACACAAGGAUAACCAAUAAGAUAAGACUUUACGACCAAGACCAAUAAAUAAAACAGCCUAUUCUCAAAAUCAAUGUAUCAAAACACGACUCGAUUUCUCGGUUAAUUAAUUCGUAUCAUGUGUGUUUAUGUUAUUGUAAGAUAUCGUGAGGCCAAGUAAUAAGGCCAAUUAUUUUUUUUACUUUUUCUUUCUUUUCGUGAGAGGUUUUGUGUUCGAAUU